CUUUAUUUUAUAAAAUAAUUUAUGUGGAAAUCAUUUAAAAUUUAAUUUAAAACUACUACCUACUCCUAAAAAUUACAAUUUGAAUUUACCGCCAUCUGUCAAUUGUCAUUUUAGUUCCAGCUCCAAACACAAGGUGGCGCCAAUUUGGUUUAAAAGUUUAACAUUGGCGUGGGGUCUCUAGAAGAUACGUGCUUUGUGACUUACCCAAGUCCGACUCAGCAUGGAUUUUGGCGAUUUAGAAAAUGAUAAACCUGUUCAAGAAAAGUUGAUGAACUUUCACAAUAGCGUUGAGAAGAUUGAAAAUAUGAUUGAAAAACUACAAAAAGCAGAUGCCUACGAACAUUUAACACUGAAAGAAAAGAUAGAUUACGAUUUAUUUGUAGCUUAUACUUUAAAUACUUUAUAUUGGUUAUAUUUACGAACCAAGAAUGCAGAUCCUAAUAAAAACGAUGUUAAAAACCAGUUAAAUAGAGUAAAAGAAUAUAUGAUGAAGGCAAAACAGGCCCAUGAGAGACAAACAAUAAGGCCCAAAAUAGACCAAGCUGUAGCCAAUAGAUUUGUGAAACAUGGCAUUCAAUAUAAAGAAGGUGAUGGGUCUCCUAUCAAUAAGAAGACUAAAUUUGCAGACUAACUUUGCGUUUGUUUGGGUUUUAUGUUAAACCAUCUUAUUUGCAUCAUUUGAUAAAACAUUUUAUUA